AUGAUGAAUCCACAAUACCCGCCCCCCGGGCAGAACAACAACGCACCAAAUAACCCCUUAGGCUUUCCUCCAUCCCAAGAUUUUAACGGCAUUCAAAAUGCAAACUUUAGUCAAAUACCACCAAAUGGUCCUCAAAUGGGCAAAGAUGAUAUGUCACAGAAAAUGCAAAAUAUGAACCUCAAUGGGCCACAAGGUUUCAAUAUUCCAACAUCACAACUCCCUCCUGGACAGUUUCCACCAAACUUCCCUCCAACAUCUAAUUUUAAUAUGCAAGGCCCCCCCCAGCAGUUCCCUCCUGGUAGACCGGCGAACAAUGCUCCGCAAUUUCCACCUUCGAUGGGUGCCCCGCCUACAUCCACCCAGGGUCCUCAAUUCAACCAACCCCAAAUGCCACCGUCAUCAAUGCAACCUCCCAAACCGAUGCAGCAAGGUCCACAGGGGUUACAACUUCCAAAUUCAGGGAUGACUCCAUUUGGUCAGGGUCCGCCAACUAGUCAACCCGGCAUGAAUCAGCAGCAAAUGAGGCCACCGGGCCAAGGACCACCAGGUUCUCAAAUGCCUCCAGGUUCAGGAUUCCAAAAUCGUCAAUUACCUGGUCAGGGUCCAAAUUUUUCGCAAUCAAAUUCCAUGCCCGGCUUGCAACAGCCGCUAACAAGCCAACCUGGCUUUCAAGGACCACCUAGACCUGAAUCUCAAGGACCUCCACCUAGUUUUCCUCAACCUGGACAAGGAAUGCCUCCAAGUAAAGGUGGCUUACCGGCUCCACCUAGUUCUCAAGCGCAACCUGGCCUACCUCCACAACAAGGUCUUCAAGGCAUACCUCCUCAACCCAUGACGUCGCAACCAAAUAUGCAACGGCAAGGCAUGCCACCACCAGCCAUACCCCCACAACAGAGCCAAUCACAUCCAGGCAUGGCUCCACAGCCCGGCUGGAAUACCACCUCAAUCUAG